AUGGUACGCCUGCGUACCAUUGGAAGGACUGGCGCCUUUGCUUGGAAUCCCGAUUCGGGUCUCCCGUUACUAGUCACAGGAACUAGAGCCGGUGCUGUAGAUGUAGACUUUUCUGAUGAAACAAAGCUGGAGCUCUGGGACUUGAGUUUAGAUGAUCCGGGUCAAGCGGUUGAGCUCGUACCUAUCUCAUCAUGUAGCAUAGAUUCAAGGUUCCACGAUCUUGCUUGGUCGCCUCCAAACGCAAAUCAUCCUAGAGGAAUUAUUGCCGGUGCCCUAGAGAAUGGAUCAUUAUACCUAUGGGACGCAAAAAAAUUUAUAAAUCGCGAAGACGACUCAAUCAUAUCAAAAUCUCGAAAGCAUUCCGGUCCCAUUAAGUCACUUCAGUUCAAUCCGUUAAAGCCGCAAAUACUUGCAACCGCAGGCACCAAGGGAGAACUUUUUGUUUAUGACAUAGAUGAUAUGGACAACCCUUUUCGGCUCGGCACGACUGUGGCACGAUCAGAUGACCUUGAAUGUAUUGCAUGGAACAGGAAAGUGCCUCAUAUCCUCGCGACAGGGGGAAGCGGGGGUAUUGUGACAGUUUGGGACCUGAAAACCAAAAAGGCAUCACUCAGCUUAAACAACAAUCGCAAAGCUGUUGGGGCUAUAGCGUGGGACCCAGAAAACGCAACAAAGCUUAUUACCGCUACACCAGAUGACUCUUGUCCAGUCAUUCUUUUAUGGGAUUUAAGGAACUCAAACGCUCCGGAAUGCACUUUGAAAGGUCACAAUCAAGGUGUGUUAUCAAUCUCUUGGUGCCAGCAAGAUAGUAAGCUCCUUCUAUCAUGCGGAAAAGAUAAUAGGACGCUAUUGUGGAACCCACAGAAUGGUCAACUUCUCGGUGAAUUUCCCGAAGUGACGAACUGGACAUUCCAGACCCGGUUUCACCCUCACAAUCCAGCUCUCUCUGCUACAGCAUCCUUUGACGGGAAAAUUUCUGUUCAAACUUUGCAAAAUACCAACCCGAUUGCGAUCCAACCCCAGUCUCAGAGCGCUGUUGAUGGAGAGGAUUUUUUCACUAAGGUUCAGACACAACCCCAAGGCGCGUCUUUUUCUCUCAAGGAAGCCCCUAAGUGGUUACAAAGGCCAUCCGGCGUGUCUUUUGGGUUUGGUGGCAAACUUGUCAAGUUUGGCUUACAGUCAGCUGCAACAGAUCGUCAAAUGUCAUCUAAGAUCCAGAUUUCUUUGCAGUCUCCAGAUAGUAGUAUUGCAUCAUUAAUCCAAACCUUUGAAGGUGAACUUCGAAAAGGUGAUUUAAAAGCCAUCUGUCAGGAUCGCAUUUCACAUGAAAACCCAGAAAAGGAAGAUUCCAGUUGGAAAGUUAUAGAGUCUCUUUUAAAUGAGAAUCCCCGAAAGCAAAUAAUUGAGUAUCUUGGAUUUUCAGAUGUCGGAAAAGAAACUGGCAUCAUAGGAGACAUUGAUGAGAAGGAGAAAAAAGAAAAAACUGAUAAUACAAAAAGCGGUGCUACUGAGAGUAGCAGCAGGCUCUCCACUCUAUUUGCGGACGGUACUGACGGUGAAGAUUUCUUGUCUAAUAUAUCAGCUACCAAAGGUGCCAAGAUGGAUAGUCCUUUUAACAUACUCUCUGAAACAGAUUCUGAAUUGGAGAAAAAUAUCACAAAAGCGCUCAUACUAGGUGAUUUUGAGAAAGCUAUGACCCUCUGUUUCAAAGAAGAUCGAAUUGCUGAUGCCUUGAUCAUCGCAAAUUGCGGGGGAAAAGAACUACUUGAGAGAGCACAGUCUUUGUACCUCUCCAAAAAGAAGAACUGCCCAAAUUAUCUCCGUCUGCUUACCUCAGUGAUUGGAAAAAACCUCUGGGAUAUCGUAUAUAAUGCUAACUUAGAGAACUGGAAAGAAGCUAUGGUAACAAUUUGCACGUAUGCUGACUCUACUGAGUUCUCAGAUCUUUGUGAAUCAUUAGGCGACCGAAUAAUGGAAAAAAACGCCCACAAGGACGCUUCUUUCUGCUACCUCGUCGGAUCUAGGCUAGAAAAGGUCAUCCCUAUUUGGCUUGCCGAAAUCGAGGAUUCCAACAAAGCCAAGGUAGAGGAAAUGAAUGGGGACUCGCUAUUCUCAAUACAUGCUUGUUCGCUACAAACAUUCAUAGAGAAAGUAACUGUUUUUCGCGAGAUCUCCAAAUUCACAGAUGUAGAACAAACUCUACCAUCCGGAUGGAAACUUGCGCCUCUCUACGAUAAAUAUGUCGAAUACGCUGAUAUUGUUGCUGCCAAUGGUCAACUAGAAACAGCUGUAAGGUAUCUAAGUUUGCUACCAACAUCAUACCCCUCUGUCGAAAUUGCGCGUAAAAGAGUAAAACAUAGUCCCACAGGGGCAAUGUCUGAGUCCAAAGUAGUUGAACCUAACACCAAAGUUGCGUCAUCACAACCUUUACCCCAGACAACAAGAAAUUACCGAACAAACCCAACCCGCUACAGGGAUCCAGCGCGAACACAGCCAACAGACUAUCAAAAUCAACCUAUUCUACUAGAACAGGAGAAUCGUCUAGUUGAUCAAAAUAGCCAGAAAUCAAAUUUUCAACAACAGAACGGUAGUAAUAUGUCAACUCAGCAAGACCUUAAUUACCCUCCUCAAUCAUUUAACGCUCCACCUAGAAGUACAAUCCCUUCUGCACCUCCUCCAAACGCAAAAGAAGUUGGACAAUGGAACGACACACCAAUGGUAGUAAAGCCUUCACUUAACAGGAAACCGACAUCGUCUUACAUACCCGCUGCGGCAUCAUAUCCAAAUCAGCAGCAACAACAACAACAUAUGUUUAUGCCACCAUCAGCACCUUUCUACGGAAACGAGGUUUCAGCCACUCCACUCCCACCUCCAAAAGGCAUGGCACCAAAUCGUAUGAAUUCACCGUCCACCAAUGUUGCUCAACAGAACUUACAGAGGCCUUCAUCUGCAGCUAGUCAAUACGCACCUCAAGCAGUACCCUCGCUGGCUGGACCAUACGUACCGCAAGCGGUGACUCAUAAUCAGCAGUUUGGUCAGCCUCCUAUAAACCAACUCGGUGGACCACAUUACCAAUCAUCUCUAGCCGGUGCACCACCAUCUGGGCCACCAAAUAAUCGUUAUGCCCCUAUCCCUGCAACUCAGCAAUAUUCUCGUCCACCGGCUGCACAAGUUAUCAUGGACUCCUCCAAAAGUGGUAAUACGGCUCCCUUGAACAAUAAAUACGCUCCAGUACAGAAUAUCCCUCAAGCGCAGUUUUCUUCAACAAUGCCUCCAUAUAAUUCGACUCAAUCAUUAGGUCAUCCAAAUGUAGAACCAGCGGUUCUGCAGGCGCAAAUACAGCCACAGUCCCAAAUCGUACCCAGUGCAGCUACAUCGGCAUCUUCAUCUCUGCAAAGUGCAGCAAAAGUAAGGCAUCCACCUGGAGAUAGGACUCAUAUUCCACCUUCUGCUCAGAGAAUGGUUGAGGUUCUUACAAACGAAAUGCAACGUGUUGCAGCUCAAGCGCCUUCUUCAUUUGCACCUCAGGUCAAAGAUACACAAAAGCGACUCAAUAUAUUAUUUGAUCACCUAAAUAACGAGGAAACAGUCAAGCCAGACACUAUCCUUAGACUUAAUAAAUUAACUGAGGCUUUGGUAUCGAAAAACUAUGAUGUUGCAGGGAGGAUACAAAUUGAAAUUCAGACUGAGAAGACUGAUGAGUGUGGUAAUUGGAUGGUUGGCGUUAAACGCUUGAUUAGUAUGAGUAAGGUGACGCCGUAA